AUGUCAGACAUAUACCUCUACCCAGAUGUAGUUCAAGAAGUUGGGGACAUUGUCGACAUGGUCAUAAGCAUAAAUUUUAAGCGGCUGAUGACCGUAUUCAAUGUCAUCAUGAUAUGUCCUGUCAGAGCGUGACCUUGUAGCAGAUUAGCUCUGACAACAUCUGGAGCUGCCAAGACUCAGCAAGGCUUCAUAGUUGAUACAAACAAGAAAAGAGAGUCAAGAGCAAAAGACCUUGUCAUGACUGAGGUUGUCAGCUCAUNGUUAUGCAAACUUUCAUUUGCUAAUUACGACAGCGGCAUGUAUGUAUGUAUGUGCACAACCAACGUGAUUUUAGUGCGGAAUAAAGAAGCCGACAAACAGUCAAACGAAGUGUACGAGCAACGUCUUGCAACAUUUUCUGAGGAAGGGGAUCUCAUCCUUGACAUUGGCAGUGGAAAUGAAAAUGGAUUGCUGGCUGGAUUAAGCAUGAAAAGGCCAUCAGUUUACAUCGACCAGUGGACAGAUGAAAAUGCUCAGUGGCAUCUCCUAGAGGAUAUCAAAGAGCAGUUGCAAGUCAAUGAUGUUUCCCAGUAACUGCGGCUUUCGCAGUUUGGUUUUAUGCUCUGCUCAGUAUUCUUUAUCUAUGAGAAGUUUUUCAAGGGCACCAAAAGAAUCAUUAAUCAGUGAAAAAUAUGUUCAGACGGCCUUAGCCACUUGAGAAUCCGGGUUGACUUCCAUGAAAACAAAUAGAUUUACUCAAUUAAAUGCUGUGUCAAACUUUCUGCUUUUAGAAAGCUUCGUGUAAAUAAUUAUGUUAU